AUGUUACAUCUUCGCGAGCUCAACUUCCCUGUUGUCCUAUCCCCUCCCUCCCAUCGCCUCAAGUGGGUGAAUGUGCGAAAGGAUGAAAAUCCUUACAAACUCGUUGCCAUUGAUAUGGACGGGACGCUUUUGAACGAGAAGCAUAGUGUUUCCGACUACACCCGACGUGUACUCUCCCAGCUCCUCGCCCGCGGCGUCCACGUCGUCUUCGCCACCGGGCGCCCCUUCACCGACGUCUACCACAUCAAACGUAAGUUGAACAUCUUCGCCUCGAUGCAAAGCAUCGCGACGCCGGGGGUGCAGGUGUUGACGCCGUCGGUGUGUUCGCCGGAUAUUGAAAUAACCUCGCCCAAUCUCGAUUUGGACAACCACACCCCGAUGGACUACCUCGUCCCGCGCUGCUUCGCCAUCACCUCGAACGGCGCAUGUAUCUACGACGAGACCAAUCAUCUGGUUCGGGAAUGUUGUAUUCAUCCUCAGAUCUGCCACGAGCUGUAUUCAAUGUUUAUUGAUGAUCCCGAGGUUAACAUUAAUGUUUUUCGUCGUCGUGAUAACAGCAAGGAUUUCGGUAAGUCUUCCUCGAGUUUAAGCGACUCAACGGGGGAAGAGUCAAGCGAAGAGUGGGUAAGUCGAUACCCGAGCGACCUCGAGGCUGCGAUCUAUCACGAAUCCAAUUUUACCUUCCGUGUCGUGCCAAAUCUUGAGCGCGACUUCCCUACAGACAACGUGAAUGAAAUUUUUUUUCUUUGUUAUAAUACCGAAAAGACAUCUCCUGUAGAGGAGACGAUUAUCGCUCGUAUGAAAAGAAUUCAGGAAGAACUUCACCUUGAAGAUACCGUCCGAGUCGCGCCCUCAGCACAGCAUUGUCUAGACAUUGUUCCCGCAAAUGUUAGCAAAGCCUCCGCGCUUGAGUUUGUUGUUGAACAGCUUGGGAUCACCAUGGAGAAUUGUAUUGCCUUUGGGGAUGGCUUAAACGAUGUGGAAUUGCUGCAGUCUGUUGGAAAGGCCUACAUUAUGGAAAACGCAAAUCCACGCCUAAAAAAAAUGCUACCUUAUCUUGAAGUCAUCGGAGGGAACAAUGAUGAUGCCGUUGCGAAGAAGCUGUCUGAAAUAUUCGAAUUAAAUUAA